AUGAGUGACAGUGAUACUGCAAAAUCGAACGUGUCAGAUAAUGGCGGCGCACGGCAAGGUCCGAGUACACGACACGGACGAGAUCCCGUUUCCACUGCACCGUCCGACAUUUGCCGUGUCGGAAUACGUGUACCACCGUUUUGGCCCGAAGAGCCCGAAAUAUGGUUCGCACAGAUUGAGGGACAAUUUGCCAUAUCUAAUAUUACUUCGGACACGACGAAAUUUUAUUACGUCAUAAGUAAUUUGGAAACGCAAUAUUCGAAGGAGGUUAAGGACGUUAUAACGAACCCACCGUCUUCGAAUAAAUACGAGAAGCUGAAGCAAGAGCUGAUUAAGCGUCUUUCUGCGUCCCGUGAGAAGAAGCUGCACCAACUUCUCAUGCACGAAGAACUCGGGAAUAGAAAACCAUCCCAAUUUUUGCGCCAUUUACAAAGUUUGGCUGGACCGUCGGUGCAAAACGAUUUCCUGCAAACCAUCUGGAGCAGCCGUCUGCCGAGCAAUAUUCAAACGUUAUUGGCUUCACAACCAGCGAGCUCACUGGAAGUCCUCGCAGACCUAGCAGACAGAGUCCAAGACAUCGUGUCGCCUACCCUCCAAACCGCAGCAGCAAGCGUUCCAGGCCCAAGUACCCAGGCCAUGGCCUUAGAGAUAGCUGAGCUGAAGGAGGCCGUCAGGAACUUGACCAUGCAGCUGGAGCGUCGUCCUCGCAACCAACAUCGUCCAAGAGACCGUAGCCGGCACAGGUCCUCAAGCAGGUCAAACUCAAAUUACCGCAAGUACCCCCUGUGCUGGUACCACAGCAAGUAUGGUGCGAAGGCGCACAAAUGUAUCAAACCGUGUGACUUCAAGACUUCGGGAAACGCGCAGGGCGGUCGAUAA